UUGACUUAAUAAUUUAAACUUCAGAGUAAAUAGGGUAAAAAUUCAAGCUAUUAAGAGUCAGAUAAUAAGAUAAUAACCCCAUAUUUUGACUUAUGGAGGGCAUUUUUCCCACCAUUGGCAGCAAAAGGGAAAAACAAUCCCACUGAUUGUGUAAUAUCAUCUUUUCCCUCAUUCUUCCUUCUUCAUUCUCUCACACUAGCCAAACAAAACACCAAAUACAGUUUUCAUGUGUGAUUUCAACCAAGAUCAAAUCUAAGAUGUUAACAAUGAGACACACCAGUGAACCACGGUGAAUCCUGGUCUGACAAAACGUAAACAUUAGUAGAAGUUGUGUUUCCAUCCAGCUGUUUGAGUUUAUUCAGCAUCGAAAUAUCAUUAUAUUAUAUUAUAUUAACUCGAUUUUUUGUUAUGGCUGACUUUCGUCUUGCAUGUGAGGUGAAACUUCUUUGAAAACAGUUCAUUCAAAUAAUCUAAAACCUGCUGGUGGUUGACGUGUUGCUAGCAGUAUGUCCAGCAGGUGGGGGUAGUGCAUCUUUAUGCUAUUGUUUUACUGCGAAGAAAAAGACGUAACGCGGAAGUUUGCUUUCAUUUUCUGAAUAUUUUCACACUAGAGAUUUGUUUAUAAUUGUAGGACUUUAGUAGUUAUGCUUUGAUGAUUCUUUUUUUUCCUUAAAAGUUUUCAUCACAUACGCUUUGAGGACAUGGCUAUUUUAUAUAGGACCAGAAGAACUUAGAGGUUGUCGUACUAGUUAGAUAUUUCAUGUGUUUUGGUGGUAUUUCUGCAGGCACUAACCUCAGUUUGAAGGAUCUUUGACGGGUUGUCUUAAUGCUGUGAGGACUAUAAUGGGUUCAGUUUAACGCCACAAACUAUUUUUCGUGUUAUGCAAACCAGCAUAUGUUUGUUUACCAAGAUUAUGCCACUAUAGCAAAAAACAAAACAAAAAAAGUGAGUAGAGAAACUACAGCUGAUCGUGAAUAAUGCUGGACUGUAUGUCGUCAGUGUGGUUCUGGUUUGGAUCAGGUCGUCCUGGCUUCUGCCUGGGGACCUCUUUAUUGGUAACACUCAUGCUACUGAUGUAUGCUGGGGGCAUCCAGGCAAGUCUCAGUGUUGGUCCAGGAGGAGACUUCCCGAGGUUCACAGAUGUGUUCCUGUACGCUCUCAGCCAUGAUGAGCUGCCCUCUCUGCUGGUCAGUGUAGCUCUGGUGCUGCUGCUUGGAUCUUGUCAGGAGCGCCGCUGGGGGACAGUCGCCUUACUUGUCCUCUCCACCCUGACAAUCAUCGCACUACCUUUUCUUUACACCCUGCUCCUCUUUAUUGGUGGGGGUGAGGCGAGCCGGAUCUUUGGCUUCUCUGGCGUCCAGCUUGCUUUAUUUACAGCACAGUGUCGACAGGUGACACAGAGGAGGGUGCUGAGAUGUCUGCCUGUCUGGUUUCUCCCAUGGCUUUUUCUGCUGAUUGGUCUGCUGCUGCUGCCCGGGACACCAGCUCUGCUUCACUUCUGUGCAAUAUGCAUAGGGCACAACUAUCGUCAGUCCUUUAUUGGGAUGUUACAGGAGCUGGAGGAGUCCAGAGUCUUGGAUUUCGUCCCUGACUGGAUGUAUGUUUCCACCACAGCCAGGUUAAGGUUGCCUAGCUACGCUACUUCACACAGAUCUAGACCAGUUUCUCAGACGAUGCCUGUAGAUCAGUCAGCUGCUGUCCCAAUGAACCAACCUUCUGCUUCAAACCACCGCUCAUGGAUUGAACCUUUGCCUGCCUGGAUAAUAGAGGAGUCUACUGUGACUGCUGAGGCAGAGGUGCUGGAGGAGCAGAUGCUUAGGGCAGGGAUACUGGCCUCAUUACAGGAUGCUCCUGAUGAUCCUGGUGCAAAAGUGGAGGUUCCUAAAUCAUCGGUUUCCUCUUUGCGUCUCCAGCAGUUGGAGAAGAUGGGCUUCCCCACAGAAAAAGCUGUUGUGGCUCUAGCAGCAUCAAAACAGCUAGAUGGCGCCAUCUCCCUGCUUAUAGAAGACAGCAUCGGAGAACAAGCUGUGGUGGUAUCUAAGGGGAAGAGCCCGCUGCCACCACAAAACACCUAACCCGCCUCACAAGUCUGGACCGAAGUUAUGCUUGGGUUUUGCUGAGCUUCAGUAUGUUCCCCGUGGGUUAAUUGUAAAACUAUUUUAAUGAUAACAACUACAGCCGUGAGUGUAGAUGCAGACUUUAGAUUUUCUGUAUAUGCAAAGAUAAAUGUAUGGUGGAAAGAGUGGAUGUCAUUUUAUUUAUAAAAGUGUUUAAUGAAUACUGGUGUCAUGUAAAAAAGAGAAAAAACAAAAAAAAACAAAAAAA